GCCUUGAAAAACUGAUUGCUAUUGGGCGGAGAAAUGUCAGCGAGGAGGCUUUGGCAGCUAUGGGCCUGGCGCUCUGCGCUGUUAUUUCAGAUCCAUUGGCGCCGCAAGGAGAAAUCGCCGCUUCGCGAGCAGCUGAACUAUUGCGCCGUUUGCUCCAGAUGGCCGGAGACGAAGAGGCAAGUGACAAAGCUGGUGAAGUUACAGAUGCCGCAGAUGCUGAGGACGGUGCAGCAUCGCUUGCGCGGAAGCGAGUGCUGGCAGCUGAACGCGAUGGAGAGCAGCGGUGUGGUGUUGUUUGGCUUGCAACUCUCAUGCGACGGAUGUCCCAACAGCAAUUGCCUUUGCCUGCGGAUUUGGUUACAUCAUUGAGUCGCGCUUUUGUGCGUUCAUUUAGCGGACUUUCCAUGUUCGUAGCUGAUUGCAGCCUCAAGUCUUUGUGCAACCUCUACAGGCUUGUGACAGCUGAAACCAGGGGUGAGUUUCUCAAGGCCCUUUUUUCUUCCAUCUCCAACCGUACUGUGGUCAGCAACAUGUUUGUUGGCACGCCCGACACACAGGCGAGGAAAGAGGAGAAAGACAGCAAGGAAACAGGCGGGCCAAACUCCUGGAAGAUAGCCGCCAAGGAGCGAGUUGACCUAGUCAAGGACCUCAUGUUUCUUGCAAGGGAGCUUCAGCAUCCGGCGCUCUUUAUCGGGCUGCUGGAUCAACCUUCCGGAUCUGUUUGGACUGGUGAAAUCAUGCGGGAAGCUCUGGACCUUCAGGCCCCAUGUCUUGGAGAGCUUGAAAGCACAGUUUGCCCUGUGUCCCUGCGCCCGAAGUUGUACACUUAUCUUUUUCAUCCAAAUGCGCAGCUGCGGCAGGCAGUGGUCGCGGUUGUUGCCAACUACUUUAGCUGCGAAUCACCGCAAUCACUGACGUCUAAACAUCCGGAGGAGUGGCCUCUUCUUGCCAAGAGCGUGCUGGGAGCACUUGGAAACUCCAGAGUGGCAACACGUGAGGCAGGAAUCCACGCUGCCCAAGCACUGUUUCGUGGAAGAGUAUGGUGCGAGAUGGCUAUCAUUUUCGAAGAGCUCUGGACCAUCACCGUGAAGCUCAUGGAUGACAUGGAGCAGCGGGUCCAAGCUGUUGUCAAGCCAUUUGUUCGAAUGAUGAGGAACCUGACUUUGAGGCUUUGUGAUGUGAAGGUUACAGCAAGAAAGGAUGUAGAGACUGCCAUGAGCGAAAUUGUGCCUUUGUUGCUACGCUUUUGCGAGCGAUACAAACAUGCUCAGCCUGUUUGCUUCGAAAUUAUGAGGGAGCUCAUCAAGGGAGCCACUGGAACCACUUUGCUCGAGCCACAUGUGCAGAACUUGGUUCCUCCACUGUUGGUGUCUCUGUCAAUGAUGGAGAAUGACGCCCUCCAGUACUAUCAAUUUCACAUCAGUGCUGCCUCAGAAGAGAAGGGAAAGGAGCUGGAGGCUGCAAGAAUUUCCAAUUCGCGUGACAGCGAGUCGAUGAAACUGAUCAAACAGCUCAUCCCGUUCAUCAGCAACGAGGUUGCGAAUGGCUUGGCUCCAAGGCGCGGUUUCAAAAUUUGGCCGCGCCAUUUGGGGCCAGAACGGUUGUGUCAAAACAUUUCAUGUGUUCCACGUGUGAAAAAAUAUAAAUCUAAAUAA